UGUGCUUUUGAAACCACCAUUUUCAUUUAAAAGACCAACACCAAGUGCCACAUGAAUUUUGCACCUAUAUAAAAGCACACAGUAUCAAACCAUGAAAACAACUUCAAAGAACUAGAGUUCAUACUUGGCUUUUUCUCUAAUGUAGAUAAGAAAUCUGAAUACAUAAUGGAAAAGGUGAAGUUAGUUGAGAAAGUUGUCAUUGUUCCUGAGAAGCUUACGGAAAAAAGGCGAAUUUUCUUAUCGAACAUAGACCUUGGCCUUGUUGCUUACCAAGAAUCAGUGUCUUUCUUUGAUCCUCCACAAAUGAGCUUUAGUCAAGCUUGUAAAUACUUUUACUGCGCGCUUGGUCGGUUGUUUGUGGACUAUGACUUUUUUGCAGGCCGGCUCGUGCCAUCUAUGGAAGACAGCCGCAGACUAGAGAUUGAUUGUAAUGGUGCUGGUGUUGUGGUUGCAGCAGCAACAACCGAGACCGAGUUGAGGCAGCUUGGCAAUCUUACGGCAUCAAAGCCAGAGUUUAAGCAAUUCGUUGCUUGCUUGCAUGAAAAGGGUGAAGAACAGAUGGAGAUAACACACAUGCCACUUUUGUUUCUCCAGUUAACACAGUUGAAAUGUGGAAGCUUAGCAAUGGCUUCAAGAUACAACCACUGCAUCAUGGAUGGGGUAGCAAUUCACGAAUUUGCGUCUAACAUGGCUGCUCUCACUCGAGGUGAAGAAAUGGUUGUCGUGCCAAACCCUGACCGGAUGAUAUUCAAAGCGCGAAACCCCCCUGAAAUCAAUCACCCUCACUAUGAGUACUCAAAAGCAACAGAAACAGACGACUUGUACACUGCCCGUUGUCAUGACACCACAAUUGAGCAAUCUUCAUUGCAGCAUUGUCACACUCACCUCAUCCAUUUGUCCCGGCAACGCAUUGCCAACCUAAAGAAGGCUGUCCUGAGGAAAGGGAGACUUAAAAACUGCACCACUUUCCAAGUUGUAGCUGCAAAAAUAUGGAAAGCGCGGAGCAUUGCAAUGGAAAUGCACGACGAGAAGACUUCAACAAUGUUGUUCCCGGUCAAUGUUAGGAAAAUGGUAGUGCCACAAGCACCGGUUGGUUUUGCCGGAAAUGCACUGAUUAAUGGCUUUGCGCGAGCAAGCGUGAGGGAGCUGAAGGAGGAAGAGGACUAUGUUUUUGUGAAGAAAGUGCAGGAAGGGAUAGAGAGAUUGGAUGACGAGUAUGUGAGGUCUAGCAUAGAUUGGUUGGAGGUGAAUAAAGGAGUGCCUUGUAGGGAAAACACUUUUUCACUGGUGGCUUGGUGGAGAUUAGGGUUAGAGCAAAAUGAGUUUGUAUGGGGAAGAAGCAAAUGCGACACUACUGUUGUGAUUAAACCUGGUUUGGUGUUUUUGUUGCCGGAGCAGAAAGGUGAGGGAGGCCUUAACAUCUGCCUGGAAUUGCCUGAAAAUCAAAUGGAGGAGUUUCAUAGGUUAAUGAUGGAAGAUUGACAUAUUGACUACUCACUUGAUCCUUUGGUAGACAUUAGAAAAACAAUAGGGAAUUAUAAAAGAAAAUUCAUGAUGAACUUGCAAUUAUGAGAAGUUAUUAAUGUUAAUCAGAUAAGUGCGCUUACUAAAAUUUUAGUUUGUUUGUAAGAGUUUUUGUUUUUGUUUUUUUUUUAUUUGUAAAAUAAUUUUUUCUCUCCUAUCUUCCCACGUUUGGCUCAACUCCUGAAAAUAAUUUUAGUUUUUCGAAGCUUGACCAAGGCUUCAAUGAUUACAAAAAUCAACAAACAAAGAUAACUAGAUUGAGAUUAUACAUUCUGUCAAAACAGUUGGUGGAUUAAAAAAGAACUAAUCUAUUCAAAGGUUCACUUUCAGAUCUCACUUAAAUGGA